UGCAUAGUCCCUAGUGGAACUGAUCCUAAAUUUGGUUCGGAGUUGCCCCGCCAACUCGCCGAGUCCCAAGUACAAUCCUUUCUCGAACCCUUUUGAUUUUUGAAACCCUAAUAAAGCAAAAAUCUUUUCUGUAUAGACUGUAAUGUAAUUCUCUCUCUCUAAAUAUACUUCCAUAUCUUGCGUGUAUCUGCCCGCAUAUACGUAUAUAAACCUGCAAUGAAGUACAACUAUGGAGCACACGAUCGACCACUUUCGCGGCACGUGACAUUUCAUCAAUCUUCAGCCCUCAGUUACUGCGCCGAGCAACCCAUUCCAGUUUCAGCUGGUUAUUUGGACCCGGAUUUUGGACAUUCUCGUGGGUGCUUCCAAAACCAAAUGGAUUUGCGGGAAGCUAUCAUGAGACAGGUUGAGAAGGAUAGAAUUAAGGAGGAGAUUCUUGCACAAGAGGCUGCUCGAAGAAGGAUUCUCGAAGCAGAGGUAAGGAUGGAGAUUAUGAGGGAGCGGGAAGCUGCUAUCCUAAGGGGGCAGCUGCCCGAGGAGAGGUCAUUUGAGGAAAGAAUUGUGAGACUGAUUGAGCAGAGGUUGGGAGUUGGGAUCUCUAGUACUGGAGUGGCUGCUCUGCCUGCUCGAGGAGAAAAUGGGAGGUCCCUAGUGGCGCCACUUCGCCAGUGGAGUAUCGAGCCAUGGACUUCAGAGGUGCCUUUUAAGCAACAGAGCGUGGAACCAAGAUUAGUUGAGUUGAAACCUCACUCUGAGUUUCAGAGUUUGGAGCCAAAUAUUUCGGCACCCGAGCUUGGCAAAGAGAAAGAGAGGAUCGUUUUUAAGGCUAAGCCUGAUGGAAACCUCCCUGGAAUGAAGAGGAAAGCGGAAACACCACCAGAAGUAGCGAUUAGCACUGAGCUGCCAUCUGGCGUCCCGAAGAAGAAAGCUAAAGAGGAGUGGAGUUGUGCGCUUUGUCAGGUUAGCGCCACAAGCAAGGAGGGGCUAAAUGAGCACCUCCGAGGAAAGAAGCACAAGUCGAAGGAGGCUGGUUUAAAAGCACAGCGGAGUGGGAAGAACUUCAGUAUUGGGCUUUUCCCGAAGAAACCUAAACCCGAUGUGCUUGCUGAAAUGGCCGAUGAUUUGAAGUCCAAGGAAAGUUCAUCGGGUGUUGUAGCAAUGAAGGGAUUCCCAAAUGGCAACGAUGCACUAAAUCUGCAGAUUGAUGAUUCUAAGGAGAAAAACUCUGGGAUGGUUCAAAACAAACAAAAGACUAAUGCUAAAAAGAGGAAGAAGUAUAAGUUCUGGUGCGAGCACUGCAAGAUAGGCGCGUUCUCCGCCAAAGUUAUGGAGGACCACAAGAUCGGGAAGAAGCAUUUGGCCCGGCUUCACGGGAUUUCUUCCCAGCCCCAGGAGAUGAAAUGCGAGAGCACUGCAGCCGCAGAUACUCAGCUGGACACCGCCACUGAAAUGGCGAUUAUAACACAAAAGGGACCAGAAGCAAGUGGCGGGUCAGCCAUUCACUAGAAGGCGAUGAGAGUUCGGGGACCUACCUGGGAGUUUUCAUGCUACAAACAUCCUUAAACCUCAUUGGUCCUAGGAUUCAUGAAAAUGUUGUGGGGCAAAUCCUUAAACCUCAUUUUUUUACCAAAAAAAAAACCAUGGCAGCUUCUGUGAAAGCUGUAUAGUACUAUAUUAUCGGAUAGAUUUCUACCUUUUUUUGUUCAGACUUCUAAAACCUUGGAAGUUUAGAGUCCUUUGCUAGUUAACUUAGUUCUUUAUAUCUAUGGAGGAUGAAGAAAUUUCCUUUCUAUUUACCUGUCAUAUUUGUU